GUCCGGGGAGAGCGGAUAUAGUGAAUGCGGGGUCUGGGGAGAGCGGAUAUAGUGAAUGCGGGGUCCGGGGAGAGGGGAUAUAGUGAAUGCAGGGUCCGGGGAGAGCGGAUAUAGUGAAUGCAGGGUCUGGGGAGAGCGGAUAUAGUGAAUGCGGGGUCCGGGGAGAGCGGAUAUAGUGAAUGCGGGGUCCACGGGAGAGCGGAUAUAGUGAAUGCGGGGUCCGGGGAGAGCGGAUAUAAUGAAUGCGGGGUCCGGGAGAGCGGAUAUAGUGAAGGCGCCGGGCGGUGUCCGGGGAGAGCGGAUAAGUGAAUGCGGGGUCCGGGGAGAGCGGAUGUUUGGGAUAGGAUAAAGUGAA